AUCGUUAAACUGUUUCGUGCGGCAGGGAAUGGUAUAUUUCUUGGGGGAUUGGGGCAUGGGAGAUUCUGACUUGUCGUCAUAUCAGCAGCAUGUUCCAAAUAUACAGCAGCACCAACGCAUCCAUGGACGUGAUUUACAUCAACAGCAACAACAGCAGCAGCAGCAACAACAACAGCAGCAGCAGCAACAGCAAUUGGUUACACAAAUCUCAAGCAGAUUAAAUCUGCAAUUCGCCAGCGGUUCAAGCUUCCUCCAGCAAGCGUCACCCAUCCCAUCGCCCCAGCAUCAUGUCGUCAGCCCGAGGAGCAGUAGCAGCAUCACCAGCAGCAGCAGCAGCAGUUUGGUAACCGCCAAUCUUCAGCAACUAUCGGUGAGCAACAGCGGCAACAACAACAGCAGUUGCUCAACGCCCACCAAGUCACAUCAUCAACAGCAACAGCAACAGCAGGUUGAUUCUCAUCCUCCAGCUGGUGCUGCACUUAAGGCGCAUUCAUCUUGGCUGCGACAAUGCUCCGAAUCGAAUGGCUCACAAUCAGUUGCCGAUAGUUGCGGGAAAGCGAAGCCGUCGCAGCAACCUACACAGCUUAGCAAGGAUCUCCAGGACAACGAAGAUGAGGUUGCACUUCAUCCACUUUCCAACCAGGUCGGAGGACACACACGCCUGUUGCUGCUCAACCAGUCGACGGUGAUAAAACCGCUGAAUUUGCGCGAAUUGGACUUUUAUCAGAACAUUCCGCAGGACAUACAGAAGUUUGUGCCCAAGUACAAAGGCGUUAUGCAAGCGACCUCCAUGGGCGGCAUUAAGCUGGACAAACGCUACUCCCCCAGUUUCCGGGACGAGGCUGCCGCGGUGCCCGUGCGCAAGAUGAGCGCCUCGAAGCGCAAGCGUGAUGAUGUUCUCAGAAUGAAGGUGCAUAAGAACGGAAAUGCGGCCGAUGUUAUCAAGAGCAUUUCGCAACUUGACAACUCCAAUAAGCAAUACUUCCUGAUGCUCGAGAAUAUCACGUCUCAGUUUCGCAAUCCCUGCAUUCUGGACCUGAAGAUGGGCACCCGGCAGCAUGGCGACGAUGCCUCCGCCGAGAAACGUUCGAAGCAAAUGGCCAAGUGCGCUGCGAGCACGUCCGGCUCUCUGGGCGUUCGACUAUGCGGCAUGCAGACCUAUCAAGCAGAUCUGGAACAGUAUGCCAAGCGAGACAAGUAUUGGGGACGGGAGCUCAACGAGUGUGGAUUCAAAACCGCCCUGCAUGACUUUUUCUACAAUGGCUAUCGUCUGCGCAUUCGUGUUAUACGCAAAAUCUUACAACGAUUGUUGCAGCUCCGUCGCGUCAUUGAGAAACAAUCCAGUUACAGAUUCUACUCGUGCUCCUUACUCAUCGUAUAUGAGGGCCAUGAAGAGAAUCCAAUGGCUCAUCCACCGUCUAUGGACUUGGAUGAUUGGCUGGAAGCCCCGAAAUCAGCCACAGUGCAGCCAACAGCAGUGUUUGACUAUCAUCCAGAGAACAGCAUAGAUGAAGAUGAUAUUGAGGACGAUGACGCGGGACACGAGGCGGGUGAUGAACUGGAGCCUCACGACACCGAUGAGGAUUUGCAACUGGUGACCGCCGUUGACAGUGGCAAUGCUUCGGCAACUAACAGCAGCACCGGUGCCGAUGGCUGCAACUACGAUGCCGAUGCAUCCAAUGACUCAAACUCACGCUUGAAUUUAGCAACUCGUCGUCAUCUGCAUAAACGUGGCUUUGCGGAGGCGGCGGCACGUGGUGUCAAGCAGACAGCCACUAGCUCCACCACCACAACUGACGAGGAGGAAGACGAAGAGGAGGAAGACGAGGAGUCAAAUAAGUCUCAGCAUUCGCAUUUGUCCGUCAUGCCACCACCGCGUAGCUGCGGUGUGCUGCCAAACAAGCAAACAACUGUUGGCGGUGGCAAGAAUAGUGGCAACAACGCAACACCUGCAUUCAUUCCAAUUUCCGAAGAGACAGUAUUCCUGGAUCCAGAGCCAGCGCUGCCCAGCGUGACAACCUCAUCGCCACAUUCCGGUGACUCGUGGAUGAACUACAGCAGCAACAGCAGUGACGACUUCUCCGGUCUCUCCGAGCAGAUCAAAGCUUGCGCCAGUGGCCGCCAGACCUGCAACAACAGCUCCGAUGACGGCAGCUCAGACUACGAGAGCAGCAUUAUUGGCCCAACAGAAGCCAUGUUCAAGCGUUUCAAGUCACAGCAAUCCUUUGAUGCAGCAUCCGGUAGCGUAGAUGCCACCUCUCCGCCCCACACAGCCGGCAAUUCGAGUGUCUCAAACAGUGCCACCAUCAAGUCAAUUGUGUCACCUGCCUCAUCCAGCGCCUCAUCGUUGGUGUCCGUAAAGGGAGCUGUGAAGCGACUGCGUUGCAAAGAUGACGACGAACACUACGCAGCCCACGAUGACUCUAGAGAGGCUAAGAAAUCAACGAUAACAUCCACACCCGUUUCAGCCGUUUCUUCGCCCUCAAAAACACGAGCAACAGCCGCAGUGCAACGCAGUUGUGAAAACAUUUCCAAUUCGAUGCUCACUGGCAUCCUGCUCGAUUCUCUAGAACGACGUGCCAGUGCCGAGAGUGACAACAACAACACAUCUGAGCCCAAAACGUCAGCGGCAAGUGCAGCUGCUCGCAAUACUGCUUUACUGCACGGAUCCAAGUCGUUGGACAUGUCUGCACCGCCCACAGACGAUUCGGCCUGUUUUGUAGAUGUGCGUCUCAUAGAUUUUGCGCACACUGCUUUUGUGCCACGCAACGGCAGCAUGCUACCCACUCCAGCCGCCGCACCCGUGCAUCAUGGACCAGAUGGCGGCUUUCUCACCGGUCUGGACAGCCUCAAUCGUCUGCUCAAUGAGAUAUUGGCCGAAGAAUCCGUCUAGACAAGGAGCAAACAUCCUACCUAACGCAUACAAAUUUAGCCCACUCACAGAUUACAUGAAUGGGGCGCUGAAAAAGCAGAGAGAGUUGAAAGUACAAUUUGAUUUGAAAAUACCUAAAUUGUUGCAGCAACAUGUGUUAAAUUAUGAAACUAAUCUUUAGAAAUUCGAAAUGUGAUUCAGCAAAACAAAAAAAAAAAAACAAAAAAAAAAGAAAAUAUAAAAA